AUGUCAUUAAUACCGUUGCCUGAAUCACUUGUACCGUUUCUAGAGCCAUAUCUUCCCCGUCCAAUUGAUGGGAGGCCAUUUGUUACGCUUACGUAUGCACAGUCGCUCGACUCGAGAAUUGCUGCUCAGCCCGGCGUGCAAACAAAAUUGUCUCAUUUGGAAACCAAAACGAUGACGCAUUACCUUCGAUCAAAACAUGAUGCGAUUCUAGUUGGUGUGGGUACUGUUUUAGCCGAUGAUCCAAAAUUGAAUUGUCGAUAUGGUGGUGCAAAGAUUAGGCCGGUUGUGGUGGAUCCUCAUGGCAAGUGGGACUACAAUAACUCAACGUUAAAAAAAAUUUGCGACGCCGACAAAGGGUUGCCUCCAUAUAUUCUUGUUGAUGAACUGGUGGAAAAAGAAGGCGUGACAAAGUUGCCCCUUCUGGGAGACAAUUGGGAGAUUAUUUUUGCAAAAUUGUAUGAGUUGGGAAUCAAAUCGGUCAUGGUCGAAGGCGGAGCUCGUGUGAUUAAUGACUUACUUGGAAAGACUGUUGACAGUGUUAUUGUCACUAUCGCGCCGGUCUUUUUAGGACAACAAGGUGUCCAAGUCGCUCCAUCUACUGGGGUUGGUCUUACAGAUGUGUCUUGGUGGACCGGUGUUCAAGAUAGCGUGCUUUGUGCCAGAUUACAAACAGAUUCUAUAUGA